GUCUUCCUCUCCUCCCGUUUCCUUCGGAUGGUGUUCUUAGACUGGGCUGAAAUACGAGUCUCUGCUGCGAGUUGAGACCAAUAACCAGCCCGUUUCAUUAGCAGCGGACGGCAGGAGGGCAGCUGUGAGUUCAUGAGAUGUUUCCCGGACGAUGCGCUUUAUCCGGCCGCUAGAAGCGCGAAUAUGGCCUAUUAUUUGUGUGACAUUAGAUAAAGGGAGUGCACCUUGCGUCCGAGAGCAUGGAGGUGACGUAUGCUGCUUUACAGCUUCUGCGGUUUGAUGCGUAGAAACACUUCUCACGAACAAAGAUGGAUUUACCUCGUCGUUUUCCGGACCCGGUUCUCAACCCGAUGUUGUUCAACGAAUCCGCGGCACCCGUCGGUAUGAAUGAAGCGUGUGCGGCUGGGAGCGGGUCCGGCGCCAUGGCAACCAGCGCGUUGAGAAACGACCUGGGCUCCAACAUUCAUGUGUUAAAGACUCUAAAUCUCCGCUUCCGCUGCUUCCUCUCCAAAGUCCACGAGUUAGAGCGCAGAAAUAAGUUAUUGGAGAUCCAGCUGCAGCACGCCCAAGAGCAAUCCCGGUACCGGCUGCUGUUUUCCCGGGAGCAAGCGGUCCAGACGAACCUCGAGCUGCCUUACUCAAACGCACUGUGUCAGUCAAGACUCCCCGGCAGAAUCUGGAGUUUCUCACACACCGCCAGAUACGGAGGACGGUUUGAGACCCAUCAGGGGCCUGGAGUGUCCUGGACUCAUCCCGACGGCGUCGGGGUUCAGAUUGACACCAUCACACCUGAACUCAGGGCCUUGUACAAUGUUUUGGCCAAAGUCAAGCGCGAGAGGGACGAGUACCGGAGAAAAUGGGAGGAGGAGGUGUCUAAGCGUCAGCAGAUGGAGUCAUUGGUGGAGACCUUACAGGAGAAUGUAAACGAAUCUGAAGCCAUUCAGGGCGAGUUGAAUGAGAAGGUUGAAAGACUGAAAGCUGAACUGGUGGUCUUCAAGAGCCUCAUGAGUGAUGCUGGCGGACACCGCCGCUCUAAAGCUGUAGAAAAUCGGCGGAAAAUCCUGCACCUGAAAGAAAUGUCUGACCUUGACACCAAGAUUCAGGAGAAAGCCAUGAAGGUGGACAUGGACAUCUGCAGGAGAAUUGACAUCACAGCCAAACUGUGUGACGUGGCUCAGCAGAGGAACUCAGAAGACAUGUCUAAGAUGUUCAAUGUCAGUCCAUCCAGAGCAUCAGCAGACAGGAUGGCUGUGGUGUGCAAAAAAAAGGAGAAAAAGCCAGUGUCAGAUGAGGAGAACUCAGAGAUGGAUGCAGAUCCCAGCACUUCAGAGGAGGAUGUCCCCUUCAACAUCACAGACGAGAUGAAACGCAUGCUAAACCAGCUACAUUGUUCAGAUAAUUCAUUUGUUGCUAGACGGGAGACGUUUGAGAUCGAUGAUGACUGUGACAGUUUGACAUGGGAAGAGAACGAUGAUACGCUGUUGUUAUGGGAGGAUUUCACCAACUACAACGUUCCCUACAGCCUUACUAAUAACGCCGGUGCCCUCGACUGCAACGGAGACGCACAAGAACCUGAAUGCAGUCUGGGAAAUCUCUUUGAUGAGACUGAGUCUCUUUUCAAGACCAGAGAGCAGGAAUAUCAAAACACAAUUGGACAAAUUGAGAUGGAGUUGGCCACAGCUAAGAGUGACAUGAACAGACAUCUGCAUGAGUAUAUGGAGAUGUGCAGCAUGAAGCGAGGGCUGGAUGUGCAGAUGGAGACAUGCAGGAGAAUGAUCAAGGGUGGCAGAAAUUCUCUUUCCAUCAGCUCAUCUGCGAGUAGUGACUCAGGGAACACUGACGAGAUACAAGAUGAGUCGGACAAGGACGGAGAGACGGAGGGGCCAAUCAGCUGAUACCUGCCCAAGCUGACCCCACUCUAUUCCCCCCACAAGCUCCAAUCAGCUCUUGGGCCUCCUAGCAGUCGGCCAAUGCCAUUACACUGAGGGACAGAGCCCACUCAACCAAACCCUAAAUCCUGUAGGUGCUUUAACGUCUCUGUGUUAGAGUGGGGUGGAGUUGAUGAGGGUUGUUUUUGUGUUUUGACAUCAAUAUGGAUGUGUCACAUGGUGCCACAGCUGUCACAGGACAGCCUGUCUACGAAUCAGAUCAAUCUCAGCCAAAAUACAUCAAUACACCCGCUCAAACCUGAAGUCCAUAUCAAGUCCAUAUCUUGAUUAGAAAAUGUCCACACAACAUGAGUGAAACAAUAGACUGAAACCAAUCAGACCAAAUGGACUGAUCUCCCUUCAGCUGAAAACUUUCCUUAAUAUUCAUGGCUUUUUAUUUUUUUAAAAACUAUUUCAGAAAUCAAGUUUACUGCAGAAACAUUUAGGCCUUUUUAAGCCCGAAUCCAGUCGACAAAUGUGGAACACAGAAAAGGCUCAAGUUCUAUGCAAUCAGCCUUAUUUUGUGAUCUUUGUUUUCUUAGCUAACAAAACUGUGCUCUAAGAGUGUUUUGCUGAUGUUCACAGUUAGCUAUGAAAAUGUUAUUCAUGAAUGUUAUCUGAACAUUAAAA